AUGGCGGACAAGGCUGGGGAGAGCUUCCUGCGGCUGUCGCAGAGCGCCGCCACGACGGCCACGAAACGUCUGAGCCAGCUGGGGACGAUGGCGAACCAGGCGCUGAAGGACGGCACGCAGCGGCCAUGCGUUCAUUGUGGGCAGGAACGCCUGCGCGCCACCAUGUACGAGUGUACUGAGUGUCGACAGCUCUGCUGCUGGGACUGCGUCGUGAUGCUGCCCUCCUUGCCCGGCCCAUCCGCCGCGAAGCGGCCGCUCAAGCUCUGCCAGGGCUGCGUGCCCUUGCUGAAGAAGAGGGUCUGCGACGCGAACAUCCAACUUCGGGUGCUGAGGUUAGAGGCCUUUCUCGCCGACAAGUUGGAGCCCUUCACCUACGAUCCCGAGAGCAAGCUGGAUCAAUCGCUCCGGCUUAGCGGCCACGUGAUGACUGGCCUCAAGCAAGUGAGUGGCUUCCUGCCACUGGGCCAGGUGGCCCAGGCCAUCAAGGCUGGGUACUACCUCGUCAGGUAUGGACCGCUGAUUCUUGCGGGCAAUGAAAUCAUGGAGUCCUUCCAGCUGAUUGUGGGCCUGGCCCGGAAGCUGGAGAUACCUGCCUACGGUCAGCUCCUCUCCCCCGACUUCUUCGCCGGGCUCUACUACACCAUGGGCGAGCACUGGGGACAGCGAGGUCGGACGCCCCACCUGGAGGCCUUGGCGCACACCGAGCCCUCAGGUGGGAUCCCCUCUCCAGAUCGAGGAACGCUCCUCACGCUGAGACAUCUCACGCGGCUUCUCCUCGUAUCCAAGGAGCCGUCGCCGACAGAUGCUCAGCGUUUGCUGCGGCAGGCGAUGCCCGGCUCGGAGCUCCUCCUCGCGGAGCUCUCCUCGGCGUCUACCAUCCCAUCCUUCUUCCUGGUCUGCUCUCGGACCGCCCAUGCUGCAUACCUGGUCCUCCCUGGAACGCGGAAUCCCGCGGACCUUGCCACCGACUUCAACGCCGCAGAGGAGCCGUUCGGCGACGGCCUGGGCCACAGAGGCAUGGUCCAGUCGGCGCAGUGGCUCAUGGAGGAGAUGGGCUCCAUCCUCAUCCAGCUGUACACGGAAGGCUACAGAGUCACCAUCGUCGGGCACUCGCUGGGGGCCGGCGUGGGUGCCCUUCUGACUCUGAUGCUCCGACCCCACAUCUCCACCAUCUUCUGCUACGGCUUCGGAACGCCUGCCUGCGUGGACGAAGCGUUGCUGCCCAGCCUUCUCACCUGCAUGGUUUCGGUCGUCAACCGAGACGACAUCGUUCCACGCCUCAGUGUCCGCUCCGUUCAGGAGCUCGUUGACAGCGUCCUGUGCCCGGGGCAGGUGGCAAAGACCCAGGCCUGGAUGAAGGAGGACUGGCAGGCGGUGAAGGACUUGGAGCGCGUGGUCGAGCUGCGGCGCCGCGGCGGGCCGUCCACGGAGGGCGCGCCCGACUCCAGCGAUGCCGGGGCAGCUCAGGAUGAGGAGCAGAAGCUGAUGAUACUCAUGGAGGCGGGCGUCGAGCGCACACGGGCAAUACGCGCGCUGCGCGCCGAGAAUGGCGACUUGAAUGGUGCCAUGCUCAGGGCGACCGCCGAGGAGGUGGCCUCCGACGACCCUGGUCCAGAAGACUUGGAGCAGCCCUCGGCGCCCGCGGCGCCCGCGGCGGCCUCGGCGGCCUCAGCCUUGGGCCGGCUGGGCGGCCUUUGGCAGGAGGUGUCGCAGAAGAUCCCCUUCCCGAGCGCGCCGUCAGGUAUUCAGCUUGGACCCAGACCUCCAGCGCCAGAAGGCUCUGCAAAGCACACAGAGUUCUUCAUUCCCGGGCAGGUUGUGCACCUCUACCGCCACAACGGUCUCGCGCGAGCAGCUCUGGCGGCCCCCAGCCACGAGGCCCUGAGGCGGAUCGUGCCCUCGCAGGAGAUGCUCCACGACCACAAGCUGGAGUCCUACGCGCUGGCGCUGCACCAGGCGUGCGUCGAAGUGCCCCGGGCGCCCACGUGGGAGUCCUUCGAUCAGCGCGAGUUGUGCGCCUGCUGCGGCUCCGACUUUGCGUGGGCCUUCGUGCUGCAGAGCGAGGCGCAGAAGAUGCUCUCGAGGCAUCACUGUCUAGCCUGCGGCCGCGUGGUCUGCGACGGCUGCUCGCGAAAGAGGCUGGCGCAUGCGAAUCUGGGCUUCACCGUCCCGGUCCGCACCUGCAUUUUGUCGGAGGAGACGAUCACUUUCGUCGACGGAUCUGCUCACCUUGUGCUGGGUUCUGAUCAGUAG